CUGCAGGAAGAACCCAAAAGGCUGCAGCAUACCUUAGAACAAGUUAGUGAUGACAAAUAUUUACUUGAAAGCCAUCAGAUUGCUAUGGAUGUGGAGAAUAAUGUCGAAAAAUAUCCUAUCAACUUGCAGCCCCUGGAAUCAAAAGUGAAAAUUAUUCAGCGAGCAUGGCGCAAAUAUCUGCAGCAUCAGGAUUUGCUGCACCAGGACCAGCUGGAGAAGCGCAGUCCAUCACCACAUUCCUUGUCAUCUGACAAAAUGAGCAGUUCGAUCAGCAUGAACACUUUUUCCGUUGGCAGCACUCCUGUCUCCAAGACUCUGAAAAUCAAGCAACAGAAUUUCGUAUAAUCUGCUACCUUUUGCACAGAAACAACAAAAUACUAUAGUAUUAAGCACACAGCUCUUCUGAAGGGCCCUUUUUAG